UCGCGGCGGUGGAGUGCGGAGAGUUUAAAUGAAUACUGUAUCUAGAAGCACGUGUUUCCUAUAUGGGGAUAGUUUCACAACCUCUUAUUUGUUAUUUUCAGAUCAACAUAGUGAGAUAUAUUUAUUAUUUUUAUAUUAUCUUUAUUAAAAAAAGAAGCCAUCGAUAUGAACUGUGCAGGUAUAUUUCCAGUAUUUCUCGUGUUGAGCCUAUACGCGAAAUCAUGCUUUUCGUGCUUAAGUGAUGACGAUUGUAGUUAUGGAGGUGAAUGUGAUAAAAUUCUGCAAAGGUGCACGUGCAACUUGGCGUGUAACAGGUUCACGAAACCCAAACUGGUAUGUGCUGGCAAGAAAAUGCCUCAAACGGAAUGCAAAGCAUUGAACGUGGCAUGUGAGCAACAGAAAAAUAUCGUGUUAUCCCCGUUUGACCUUACAGUAUUUCGAAAGACGGGGAAUUGCAAAAAGAUGGUCACUGGAUCAAUAGAAGAAUUUUGCGAAGAUCAAACGAUUUGUAGCGGUAACGGAAUAUGUUUAAUACGGGUCGGUCAAAUCCAGCCAUAUUGCAGAUGCGUUGAAAAUUAUAGCGGAGACAGAUGUCACAUAAAAAGCCCUAAACUUAUGCCCGUGGCAGAUGGGGACGACACAGACACGGAUGGUCAUCAAGGCAACACGGUAGGCACGGGCCAUUCGCGAAGCAUGUACUACAUUGAUCCUGCCCCUUAUGUUGCUGCUGCAUUCGGGACCUGUGCAAUCGCUGCAUGUAUUCUCUUCUAUUUGCGCAGGAGGUCGGUAAAUUCCACCGAGGUCAAUAAACGUGAAGACGUAGAAAGUGACGUAUACUCGAUGAGGGAAGCUAAACAGUCCACACCGAUUGUCGUCGAUAUCCGACAAACAGAGGGAGAAAAAUUGGGGAAAGUUGCUGACGUCGAUAGCAAAUAACAACCCAGUCCAAACGCUUGCGGAAGACUCAACUGACUGCGGAAUAGCCAUAAUUACUUUUAUUGGUUUUAUUGGUCUGGUGUCUUGAAACGGCGAUGCGCAAUGACGAGACUAAAGUAUAUUUCAGCAAAACCAGCAUGCAAUCGUUGCAAAAAGAAUGGAUAAACUAAUGGUAAGUUUGGAUAAACUAAGAAAAUCACGAUACCAAUCAAUAUGAAUGACAAUAUACCUUCUAGAAGUUUCACAUCUGAUUACAAGGUUGGAAUACGACUGAACGCCAUGCGGCGCACCUAACAAUUUUCUGUAAAAACCAAGACUAGACAAAAAUACCGCAUUAUUGUUUCGUCAGAAAUCAAAGCUCAUUUCUCAAGAAUGCAAUCAUUAGAAUAAUACACGUAACAAUUUCGUGUGCUGGAAGCAGAUGUUGUCAGAUAUAUUCGUUACGAAAGUGUGAAUUCAUAGCGGUGGAAAAUCACGCAUUUUACGUUUCUGGAAAGGAUAUACAAAACCAACAACUAUGAUCCAGGAUUAAAAUACUCUUGUAUUGGAAAUAUAUCAUUGAUGACAAGUUAAGAUGGAGUGUUCCGUUCUGCUGAAUAUAGCGGUCGAAACUUAGGUGGAUGUAAAAAACCCGGGCCAAAUACGUGUUCCGAAAAUUUAUUUGUCAGAGACGGAGUUAUCUGGAACCGCUAAGCAUUGCUUCUGACAAUUAGGUGUUUACCUUCAAAUUUAUAGAAUGCUUUAAGUUCGUUUUGCAGACCAUGUUUUGAUAAAAAGCAUGCAAAAUUUAUAAUCGAAUUACUACGUGAAUGACAAGUCAAGUUUAUUUUUUCCAACUAGUAUAAUAAAAAUCGAUCUUCCCCAAAAUAUGAAAAAUAAGAUAAUUACGAAAUAUUAAUGGGGAUGCAUCAAAAAUUUUUCGAAUGUUUCGAAUAUUCAGUUUAUUUUAAAGAGUGUAGUAAAAUGAGUAAUGCUCAAAUAUAUGGGCACGAAAGCCGAAACAAAGUGGUAAGGGUAUGUAGUAGUACCCAUACACUUCGUGUUUAAAAACACAACACUUGUUGUGAUUACUCUAUCUUACUCUUACUUGAUUGAUAGUAGAAAAUGUGAUGCCUAAUGAGCAAGACAAUAAUUUACCAAAUGCCAUAAGCAGAUGUCAUCCAAACAUUAACACAAACCAACAAACUUAUCUUUAAUUUGGGGUUACGCGAGACCAACUUCCUAUUUUUUCUCCUUGACUUUGGCUCCGUAUGAGUAUUAUACAAGAAUGAUGCAGGAAUAAAAAUGACUAUACUAUGUGAUUCAAGACUAUUAAAUUGCAUCGUAUAAAUAAACUUAUGUAAAUUUUUGUGGUGCACAAGAAUGCUGCUAAUCUUAUAUACAUAUAUAUAAAGAUAUCUAUCAUACAUUCCUAUUAUGAAAUUAAUUAUUUACAUUAUUUUCUUUUCAAUUUACAAUCAUAAAUUGUAUUUUAUUUAUUCUUGCCAAAAUACACUGUGCUUUUCUAAAUAUUUUUGAUCGAUCGAGUGCUUUUAGAGUAAAAUACACUAUUUUUCUUGUUGGUUAAUAUACAAAUCGUGGUCAGUCAGAGACACACAAGUACAAAAAAGAUAAUAUAUAUUUAUUGCUGGCAAUAUCGCGCUACAAGGCUAAUGCGAUCUAUUUACC